AUGACUGAUUUGUUAGAUAAACUCUCAGACGCGGAAUGUCGAAAAUUGUGCCAUGCAGUGGUUGAUGGAGUAUGUGGGAGAAAGCAGCCACAGAGGCAGGACUACAGCGCCAUCUGCAGCCUGGACGACUGGUUGGUCUUGAACAAGUCCCUCUCUAAGCUGUUUUGUCUAGCAGCAGGCGGACACAGCUCUGAGGAGGAAGUGUUAGCCGCCCUGUCCAACAGCAAACAUAAAGACAUAUUGUUGAGUGUGUUAAAAGGCAGACGUCAGGAGCUUAGUCGUGCCUUACUGGACAAGACCACCUCCAUCUCGUCUGCCGUCCUCGCUGACUUUGAUUGGCAGCUUAAGCUCGCUCUAUCCAGCGACAAGAUCUCGUGUCUGCAGACUCCACUGCUGAGCCUGAGUCUGGACGUGAGGGAGGGGGGGGCGCUGCGUCCCGUCUCCAUGGAGAUGACACGGGAGGAACUUCAAACACUCAUCACUUCAUUAGAGGCGGCUAAUAAGGUGAUUCUACAGCUGAAAUGA